GCCCCUGCUGAUGUGGAGGGGAAUAGUCAGAUCAGCCGGGACCCUAGCUAACGUCAUUGUGAUACUGUGUACACAAAUAACCACGGUGAUAAAUGGUGUUUAUAUAACAAGAAGAGCUGCACAACUAUAGCAGCACCACUGGCUCAUCACUAAUACUACUAGCACCACCACCACUACUACUACUACAACCACUAGCUAGCAACUAACUCACUACAACUGCAAGGAUGCUCACAUAGAUGCUAACGCUAGCCAUACCUGCUGGAAGAGGAACAGGACAGAGGGAGACUGAAGUCUGAUCUUGAUCUUUCCAAAAUGGACAGGAAGGCUGAAGAAGAAGGGGGAGGACCUGGUUCAGACUAGGACUUGUGACUUGCAUGCAUCGUUAUGCGACACCACAGACUAAGAGGCUGCUCGGCUUAAACGGAGCGGAUGUGAGGCUUGUUUGUUGUGCGUAGAAGGUUCAGGCAUAAUCAACUGAGGGUAAUUUGUAUGCUGGGGCAAUAUGUCUGUGAAGGUGCAGCACUUUGACAGCGAUAUUAUCCCAGUCUAACACAGCAGUGUGCCUGUCCCUCCCACAAGACGUUAAACCUCACAAGCUGCCUGAUCAUAUGAUGUUGCUGUAAAGACCCUGGAGGGGAUCUGUGAAUGGCGCCAUUGGAGGUUGUAACAUUCAGGAUUUCACACUUUUGGGAUCCUACAGAAUGAUCAUUCUUCAUAUGGCAGAGCAGGACAUUUUGUAACGACAGCAUCUUUCACCAAAACCCACAAACACCCCAACAAAGGAACUGACUGAGAUACAUGCUAAUGGAGGAGGAAAACGUGUGCUCCUCCCUACCAGAUGUCACAGAUUCAGUCCUUCAGCAGCCUCAACAAGACUCAUGGACGUCCAUGGACCGCCAGUGUGUGAAUGGAGAGGAGGAGACCAUUGUGUGGGGCGACACAGAGGUUCAGAUGAACCAGGCACACGGGACGGAUCAACUCGGUCUGUUCCUCGAGACCCCUGAGGAGGCGGAACAGUGGGAGCAGAUAGUGUGGCCGGUGCACCCCAUGACCUGUACCGGUGCUCCGCUUUCCUUCGCCACAGUGCAAUGGGACAUGCCUGAUCCCUCGGCAGCGACACCUUCAUUCAUGACUGACAGCAGCGCGGCCAAUGAGCCGAGCUCAGGCGGCUCGACGAGUCUAGAUACCACUUCCCCCUCACUUCACCCGUCUCAACGCGUUAAUGCUGAUCUUUUCAUACGGGAGGGCAGAGGGGAAGAAGAUGAGGCUGAUUCUCAGCUCCUCAACUCACAUCUAGAGCGGACAGGAAACGGCUCAGAGCCAUGUGAUGCCGCAGAUGUGCAAGAGCCGCCGACACAGGAAAGAGAAGAUUCAACACACAAGCUGUUGGAUAGUAAUAACGGCAUCCCACUGAGGGCCGACUCAAAAGAAGAGGAGAGACACUCGGUAACCUCAUAUCCUGUUGAAACUGUGGUCUUAAUCAACAUUCUUCAAGGGACUGAUGUCUCAGAAGAUGAAGUGGACAAUUGUGUCAAUUUAAAGCUUGAAGAGGAACGGGAGGAACCCGGCGUUCUGCAGACUGGACAGGGAGACUCAGAGGAAGAGCAAACUUCAGCGAAUGGUGUUGAGGAAGAGGAAGAAGGCGAGGGAGACGAAGAGAGGCAGAUAAAUGUGUCCUGUACUGAAGAAAGUGAAGAGGCAAAAGAUGUCAGUUGUCUGAGUAAUGUGGCGUUUCCUGCAGAGACACUACAAACUGAUGAUACUGGACCAACUGUAAACCCAGAUAAGCUGAUUGAUCGGCAGCACUCAGAGCUCCUGGAGGAAAGGCAGCACUCAGGGACUAAAGAGGACAUAGAGAUACUCCAACGGUUCCAUCAAGAUCUCACCGGUCAGACUGCAGAUAUGUGCGAAGAUGUAGAUCAGAACGUGGACCCUGAACAGCCGGAUGCUGCGGACGACAACAAAGAACCGUCGAUUAAGGCGGCAGAAAACACAGAGAGGAUAGAAAACUCACCGAAGGAGACGAGUCGUUUAGAGGAACGAGAUUGCGACCACGACCACGUUUCCCUGCAGCCCGAACAAGCGGAGUCCGAGCAGCUUGAGAGGACCGAAGAGUCAAAGGAGAUCCAAGCAGAGGUGUCGCAGGACUCUGACCAGCGAGGAAAGUCGCAGCGUCUGAAACGGACACGAGAGAUGGAACUCACAGAGGAGUCAACGCGACGUGAGACGGCAGGCCUGCCAGAGGACUCUACUCAGUCAGAGCAGACAGUUUCUUCCGGAGUGGCAGAGCAGCAAGAACAGACGGAGCCGUCAGAGCAGAAUGAGCAGACGCAAACGCAAACGACCGACUUGUCUCAGCCGACGCUCUCUGGGCAGCUUGUGCAGCCGGAGACAGAUGAGUCAGAAAUAACGGAGCAUCUGUCUCCUGAGCCCGAGGUCACGCGGCAGACAGCGCAGGCCGAGUUCAACCAGGUGGACAAACAGCCUGAGACGUCACAUCAGGGUGAAGAAGUGGGAGUUGCUGAGGGCGGCUCCGUGCGAACAACCGUCGCAAAUGAAGAGCGACCCAAAUCCCCUGAGACAGCGGUGCCUCAUAUGAAUGGAGACGCGGUGAACAGAGAGAUGGCCCGCCGCCUCGCUGAACGGCUGUACAAGUUGGACGGGAUCCAGCGCGUGGACGUGGUGAAGCACUUAGACAAAGAUAACGACUUCAGUCGAGCUGUCGGGGAGGAAUACCUGAAACUAUUUGACUUCACCGGGGAAACUCUCGAUCGUGCCCUGAGGUCUUUCCUGAAAGUGGUGGUCCUGAUAGGAGAGACCCAGGAGAGAGAGCGCGUGCUGCAGCAUUUCGCCUGCCGCUUCCAUCAGUGCAACCCCGCCUCCUUCACCUCUUCAGAGUCUGUGUUGGCACUCACAUGUGCUCUGAUGCUCCUCAACACUGACCUGCAUGGACAGAAUGUAGGGAAAUCAAUGUCCUCGACUAAAUUUGUGUCCAACCUCGAUCGGAUGAAUGAAGGAGAAAACUUCAGCAAGGAUCUCUUGAAGAGUCUUUACAACUCUAUAAAGAGUGAGCCGCUGCAGUGGGCGAUUGACGAGGAGGAGUUGAAGAGCUCCGUGCUGGUGGACGAGGACGCAGGAGAAGAUGCGCCGCUGCGUUCGAAGGCGAACCCCUUCCAGGACAUUCCUCAUGACAAAACGGCUCCUGUGGCCAAACAGGGAUUCCUCCAGAGGAAGCUGCACGCCGACAUAGACGGCAAGCGCACUCCGUGGGGAAAGAGAGGCUGGAAGACUUUCUACGGAGUGGUGAGGGGAAUGGUCCUUUACCUGCAGAAGGAUGAUUACAGGAGGGAUCAGCCGAUAGACGAGGAGGUGGUGAGUUUGCAUCACUCUCUGGCCGAGCAGGCAGCCGACUACACCAAGAAGCCACACGUCUUCCGUCUGCAGACGGCUGACUGGAGGGUUUUACUCUUUCAGGCCUCAUCCAAAAUGGAGAUGUUCUCAUGGAUCAGCCGCAUCAACCUGGUCUCGGCUCUUCACUCCUCGCCUCCGUUCCCCGCCGCCGUCGGCUCUCAGAGGAGAUUCUGCAGACCCAUCCUCCCCUCAGCGCAGUCUGCUCAGACUCUGGAACGUCAGCUGCAGUCUCACGCAGAAACACUGCAGUCCUUCAAAGAAGACUUAUUGUACCUGCAGCAAAACCUGCCAGAGGGCAAAAGAGCCAAAGCCAAGGAGCUGGAGGAGCAUCGCGUCAGAGCGGAGUACCUGCAGCACGAGAUGUGUCGCUAUGGGAUCUACAUCCAGGGGCUGGAGGCAUGGAAGAGCGUGAAGAAGACAGGCGGCAGCGUGUUGAGCAUCGCGGACCUGAAACAGUUUGAUAGAGCAGUGUGUGCAGACUCUGUGGGGGAGGAAGACGAGGUUGAUGGCGGCCUGAAAAAGUCCCACUCCAGCCCCUCUCUGGAGCUGGAGAUGGUCCUUCCGACGGUGAUCAAAGUCAAACGCAACAUCUCGGAAAGACGGACUUAUCGCAGGACCAUCAUUCCUCGGUGGAAUAAAGAGGUUUAAGCUGUUUUUUAUGAGCUGCUGCUGUGAGCCGACCGGUCGAUUUAUUUGUGGAGGCACUGAGCAGAGAAGGAAAGAAACACCAGCAUUUAUCUGAGGCUUUAGCAAGUUAGUGUUUUGUUUUUAAUGCAUUUUUUUUAUCUUGUGCACUUUUAUAAAAAUUGAACCUCAGGGAAUCCCAAACCCUCAAUCUCUCUCAAGAAAGAAAGCGGGAACCUGAUUAAUUUGAGUGACUCAAAAUGUCUGGAGCUAAUUUAUUUAGUUUAGUUGUGUUAAGUUUGGUCUGUAGUAUUACUCAACAAAGUACGAAUUUGCUUUUUUGUUCUUUUUACUUGGAGCAAAACUGUCCCUUUUUUUUAAAAAAAAAAGUCAACCACUAGAGGGUGCUGUAGCAUAGCACAACUGUAAGUGAACAGGGUGUGUGUGUAUGUGUGUUUUUUUUAAAUAGCCGAAUUGCACUUUUAUUGUUUUUUAAUAUUGUGUACAAUAUGUUGAUGACAUUGUUACAUAUUGUUUUCAAAUGAAGGGUUUGUUUCCAAAAUGUCAUGUAUUAUUUUCUCGUUCGGGAAAAAUAAACUGUUACUUCUGUUCAUCUUUCA